GACUGCAUAAUGCAGGCAUUUUCUUUUCUUUUUUUAUGUAUUUUCAAAUUGUGUAAUUUUUUAUGAUUUAUAGUGUUUCUGAAUCAAAAACUGAAGAAAUCAUUUCUGAAGUGUCAAUUUUAAAGUAAGGUUUUAAUACAGUAUUUCAUUUGCAGCUGUUAUAUUUUAAGGGCAAGUUAUUUAGGUGAGUCAUAGCAAUUAAUAUUGUUGAAGCUCUAAUUCAAGCAAAUCUUUUAAAAAGUAAAAAGCUACUUUUAUGACAGCCAUUUCUGUUAUUGUUAGCUUUUAUAGCUCAGCUUGUUUUUUAAAGUUUUAAAUUCGUUAGUAUAUAUUUUAUUAUGUUGGAAGUUUGCAUUAUGCAAAAAUUCGUCUUUGUUUAAUUGAGUCCUCCUUUUAUAAAUUGUUUGGUUUUUAGCUGUUCAGAAUCACAUAGUGCAGAAUUUAGUUCUGAAGUGUCAAUUCUAAAUGGUUCUGAAUCACAAAGUGAAGACUUUAUUUAUGAUGUGUCAAUGCAAAGUGAUAUUGAAUCAAGAAAUGCGGUGUUUGAGACUCCAAUUUUAAAAUCAGAGGGAAAAAGAAAAAAAUGCCCUGUUUGUAAUGAGUCAAGAGUUAACUUAAAGGUUCAUUUACAUCUUGAGCACAAAUGGUCUAUUGAAAGCAGCAAAGGUGCUAUUGGACUCUAUAACUUAAGAAAAGAGUAUAGCAAAAAAAAAUCUACAUUAAAGUGUAAAAAUUAUCACACUAAAAAAAUAUGUCCUUUGCCUAAUUGCUAUAAAAUAACAAAAAAUAUCGGAGAACAUUUAAGGAGUAAAUCUCAUAACUAUAAACCAGGUCAGGAGUAUUAUUCUCUUCUAAAAUCUGCAAAGAAAUAUGAGUCACAAGAACUAACUUCACUAAAAUCACCAAGUAAACUUCUUAAAAAGUUCAAGAAUUUUUCUUCUGCAACUAUAUCUAACACUGAAAAUAUACAGUUACAGGAAUAUAAUACAGGUACUGCUAUUAAUCCCAUUUAUUUUGAAAAGCCCAAAAAUGAAAGUUAUGAUUCAUCAAAAAUAAUAAUAAAUGAUUUAUCUAUUGAGCCUUCUUAUGCUAAUAAUUUUGUGCACCCUGUUGAUUUUAUAGUUACAGAAAAUAAAACUGUUGAUGUUAACCACCAUCAUUGUGUUAGUGAUGACAAUAAUGAUAGUGAUGAUGAGGACUACAUACCUUCCGAUGAGUGUGAUGAAGAAGUGUCUAAAAAACUUUCUCCAUCUAUUGAGGCUUUGUUAACUGAUUUCUACUGCUAUCUAACUGGGCCUGAUAGAGCUAGGAAAUUUCGAGCAAUUGAGAAAGUAAAAAAUGAUGUAAAAAGGAUGUUUCUAGCUGUUGGUAUAACUAACACAAUAGAUGUUCUAUUUGAAAACGAUACUGAUAUUAUUAGAAAAAACUAUCUUCAAGUAUAUUGUGUUGAUCGUAAGUUAGAAGCAGGAUCUAUUAAAAGUUAUUUAAAUUCUUUGAAAGAUUUUUGUUCUUUUAUUCUUAAAUUAAAAUAUCGUUUGCUAGGCCUUACUUUUGAGGCUGUAUUCCAAACAAUUUCUAAUAUAGAAGACGGGAGGAAAAAAUAUCGAAGUAGGGAUAACAUAAGGAAGCAUCAGAGAGCUGAAGACGAUUUGUUGAUGCUUAUUACCCCAGAGCAAGUAAAAAUGUAUGAGGCUAGCAAAAACGCCAUUAUUGCAAAAAAGUUGCUUGAGGAUUUAAAGAUCGAUCCAAAUAAAGAGAUAAACAUGUUUGAAUACUGUAGUUAUAGGGAUCAUCUUUUAUUUAUUAUACAUUUUUCUAGUGCUCAUAGAUCAGGUGUUACUGCACAUAUGACUUUGGAGGAAUACAAAAGAUCAAGACCUGUUGACGGGCUUAUGAUGAUUAGUGUUUGGGAUCAUAAAACUGUUUCUACAUAUGGACCAGCAAGAGUUACUCUGAAUUUAGUUGAGUAUGAGUGGAUUAAUGUUUUUGUUAAUCUAGUUAGGGCAAAAUUACCUUCCAUUACUUCAGAUAAGGUAUUUUUAUCAUGGUCAGGGAAAGAAAUGUCGCCUGGUGAUAUUAGUGGCAGGCUGAACUCUCUUUGGGUAAAAGCUGGUAUUUUUAAUGGGCGUUUUGUACCCAAAAAACUCAGUGCUAAUACUGUUCGUAAAACAACUUCAACAAAAGUUUUUGAUGAAUACUAUGAUCAAAGAAAGAAAGUUGCUGGUGCAAUGAUGCACAGUGAUAAGACUGCAGCUAUUCAUUACAACACCCAAAAUCAAAUAAAAAAUGCUAUUAGUGGAGGAAAGAUUGUCCAGAAAUGUUUUCCUAGCUCCCCACUAUCGAAUGAUUAUGAAGUUGAAGAUUGUGAGCAAAAAAACGAUUAUAAACCGGCUAUAACUGAGAAUUUGUCUGGUAAAAGUCAUUUUAAUCCUUCUAAAACUCAUACACCUAAAAAGUACUGGACAAAAGAUGAAACAAAUUCUUUAAAUGUAUUAUUUCCAGAAAAUAUUUCUCGAAAAACACUAUAUAGCGAGGUGAAAUCUACAAUUAUAAAAUCUCCAUCCAUUCAUGGUUCACCAAGGCAGAUUUAUGAUAAACUUAAUAGCCUCAAAAGAAAGAUAGCCGAAGAACCGGAAACAAAGGCUAAGAAAGUUUUAUUAUUUGAUCGGAAAAGCUGGACUGCUGAACAAAUAAAUAUUUUAAAAACUGAAGGAAAAGAAUUAAUAUUGGGUGGACCACUUUCAAGAAGCAGAAUUGUAGAUGUUCUCAAAAAUUCAAGGUUAAUUGAAGAUUUUACAAUUACGCAGUUGAGAACUCGAAUUAAUCAUGAGCGAACGUAAAUAUUUAUUCUUGUUAUUAAAAAGCUAUAAUUAUGCAUACAUUUAUUUCGCCCUGUUUCACCUUAUCUAAAAAUGUGUGAAAAUCCUUAAAAUUUCAUUCAUUUUCCAUAUGAAUUACUUAGUGUAUGGAUGAGAAAACGAAAAUAAUAAAAUCUAAAAAACGCAUUAAGUAAAAUCACCCAUACUAUACUGAGUAUUGUCCUCAAAGGCUUCAACUCAACUCAUCUUUUGCUCAGGUGCUGUUAGUGGCAUUCCAAUAUUUAUGGUAGUUGUCAACGUCGAUAUAUUAGCCCUAUCUAAAAAAUUGCUUUUUACUUUCUAUUAGAAUUACCAUGUACCGUAUUAACAGCAUUUGCGCAAAAAAUGUAGAAAUUUGAAAAAUCGUAGAUAUUAAAUAGAUUUAUUUAGCCAGGGUCUGUUUCAAUCCAGUCCGAUUGAAUUAGUACUUUUUGAGUUAACAUUUGAUAUUAAGGCUUGGUUAUUACAA